AUGGAGGUGCGAGGGAGUGUGAGCGUGGGAGGGUAUGCGAGAGGAGGGAAGCGAGGAGAAGGCUCGUAUGGCGAAGUCUUCAGUGCUCAGGAGGAGACGACUGGACAUGCGCGAGCGCUGAAGAGGGUGAGGAUGGAGAAGGAGAAGGAAGGAUUCCCCCUGACAGCUCUCCGAGAAAUCGCGCUCCUCCGCCGCCUCCGCCAUCCCCAUAUCGUCUCCCUAAUCGACGUAGCAGUGGGCCCGAGACCCGAUCGCGUCUUCCUUGUCUUCGAGUACUGCGACCAUGACCUGGCGAGCCUCCUCGACUCGUCUCCCUCCCCUCCCUUCUCCGAGGGCGAGGUGAAGCGGCUGCUGCUGCAGCUACUGGAUGCGGUAGCGUUCAUGCACGAGCAAUGGGUGCUUCACCGGGACAUCAAGAUGUCGAACCUCCUCUACUCCCAUGGCUCCCUCAAGCUCUGCGACUUGGGCCUCGCUCGCGAGUUCGGCACCCCCCUCGUCCCCUACACCCCGAAGGUCGUGACCCUCUGGUACCGCGCGCCGGAGCUGCUGCUCGGGGCCAAGACCUACUCGUCCGCCAUCGAUCUGUGGGCAUGCGGGGGGAUCAUGGGCGAGCUGCUACUGCAUGCGCCCAUCCUUCCAGGCAGGAACGAGAGGGAGCAGCUCUUGCUCACUUACGAGCUUCUUGGAUCUCCGAACGAGACCAUCUGGCCAGGAUACAGCAGUCUCCCGCACCUCGCGCUCUUCUCCAUCCCUCAUCAGCCCUACAACAACAUUUCCCAGCGCUUCCCCUCCCUCUCCUCUGCGGGCCGGGAGCUCCUCAACAGCCUGCUCACCUACGACCCGGACAAACGGCCCAGCGCGCGGGAAGCGAUCAAGCAUGAUUACUUUCGUGAACGGCCGAUCCCCAAGUGUGUUGACGCGAUGCCCUCAGAGCCUUGGGAAGGAACGGCUGCCUCUGCAGCGCCAGGGAGGAGAAGCGAAGAACCUGCGGGAAGGUCAUAUAGGGAGCAAGCGAAGAGAUAA